AUGCUGAAAUCCAUCGCAUUCUCAGCUUUUCUAGCCGUCUGCGUGGCGAGCAACGACAGAUCUUGGACAACCGAUGAGGGAGUCAAGAUUGAGAUUAUCAAGAAGAUCGGAGACUCGAAAUGCAGGAUCAAAUCGGAGUCAGGAGAUCAGUUGGAGCAAUUCUACAAGCUAUCAAACAAGGAAGGAAAAGUGAUCGGCAGCAAUUUCGGGCAGAAGCCGUACACGUUUACACUCGGAAAAGGAGAAGUUAUCCACGGAAUGGACGUCGCAAUGGAGGGAAUGUGCGUUGGAGAGCAGAGAAAAGUGAUCAUUCCGCCAGAGCAAGGAUUCGAUGAAGACGGAGACGAGGUCGAAGGAGUGAGUUGAAGACUUCUCUAUUUUUUAGUUAAGCUCCUCCCGCGUUUUCAGAAAGGCGAGACUCUCUACUACUUCGUCGAGCUCAAGUCGAUUUUCCGUCCGAAGCCCGGAGACAAAUGGAUCACCGACGAGGGAGUGCACAUCCACGUGACUCACGAAGUGGAGGGCUGCACCGAGAAAGCAACUGCCGGAGACACUCUUCAUCAGCAGUACACUCUCACCCUCGAGGACGGCUCUUUUAUCGACUCGAGCUGGAGCCGUAACCGUCCGUUCAUUUUCAAAAUGGGAUCGGGCCAAGUGAUCAAGGGAAUGGACAUCGCCAUGGAAGGCAUGUGCGAGGGCGAGAAGCGGAAGGUCGUCAUUCCACCGGAGCUGGCCUACGGAGAGAAGGGACGACCGCCAGCGAUUCCGGGAGACGCUUUCCUCCACUUUGAUUUGCAUCUCGAGAAACUCGUCAGGCCAGGAAAGGAAGAGUUGUAG